AAGCAUGACUUCGGCAACUUCACCUAUCAUUUUGAAAUGGGAUCCCAAAAGUUUGGAAAUCCGUACUUUGACAGUGGAAAGGCUGUUGGAGCCACUUGUUACACAGGUGACGACCCUUGUCAACACAAGCAAUAAAGGCCCAUCUGGCAAAAAGAAAGGAAGAUCUAAAAAAGCCCAUGUACUUGCUGCUUCUGUAGAACAAGCCACUCAGAACUUCCUGGAAAAGGGUGAGCAGAUUGCUAAAGAGAGUCAAGAUCUCAAAGAAGAAUUAGUUGCUGCAGUGGAAGAUGUGCGCAAACAAGGUGAGACAAUGAGGAUCGCCUCUUCAGAGUUUGCAGAUGACCCGUGUUCCUCAGUGAAGCGUGGCACCAUGGUCCGGGCAGCCAGGGCUUUACUAUCAGCCGUCACACGCCUGCUCAUCUUGGCAGACAUGGCAGACGUCAUGAGACUUUUAUCUCAUCUGAAAAUAGUGGAGGAGGCCCUGGAAGCUGUCAAAAAUGCUACAAAUGAGCAAGAUCUUGCAAAUCGCUUCAAAGAAUUUGGAAAAGAAAUGGUGAAGCUGAACUAUGUAGCAGCAAGAAGACAACAGGAACUGAAAGACCCUCACUGUCGGGAUGAGAUGGCAGCUGCCCGAGGGGCUCUGAAGAAGAAUGCCACAAUGCUGUACACAGCAUCCCAGGCUUUUCUCCGCCAUCCAGAUGUGGCAGCCACAAGAGCCAACCGAGAUUAUGUGUUCAAGCAAGUCCAAGAGGCCAUUGCUGGCAUCUCCAAUGCUGCUCAAGCUACCUCGCCUACUGAUGAAGUCAAAGGCCACACGGGCAUCGGCGAGUUGGCUGCAGCUCUGAAUGAGUUUGAUAACAAGAUUAUCCUGGACCCCAUGACGUUCAGUGAGGCCCGGUUCAGGCCAUCCCUGGAGGAGAGGUUGGAGAGCAUCAUCAGUGGUGCAGCUCUCAUGGCGGACUCGUCUUGCACGCGGGAUGACCGGCGUGAGAGGAUCGUGGCGGAGUGCAACGCGGUGCGUCAGGCGCUGCAGGACCUGCUCAGCGAAUACAUGAACAAUACUGGAAGGAAAGAAAAAGGAGAUCCUUUAAAUAUCGCAAUUGAUAAGAUGACCAAGAAAACAAGAGACCUAAGGAGACAGCUCCGGAAAGCAGUGAUGGAUCACAUAUCAGAUUCUUUCUUGGAAACCAAUGUCCCUUUGCUAGUUCUCAUUGAAGCUGCAAAGAGUGGCAAUGAAAAGGAAGUGAAAGAAUAUGCCCAGGUUUUCCGUGAACAUGCCAAUAAACUGGUGGAGGUUGCCAACUUAGCCUGUUCCAUAUCCAACAAUGAGGAAGGAGUGAAGUUAGUAAGAAUGGCAGCCACUCAGAUUGACAGUCUGUGCCCUCAGGUCAUCAAUGCUGCGCUCACACUAGCAGCCCGACCACAGAGCAAAGUUGCUCAGGAUAACAUGGAUGUGUUCAAAGACCAGUGGGAGAAGCAGGUCCGAGUCUUGACCGAGGCUGUAGACGACAUCACCUCAGUGGAUGACUUCCUUUCAGUCUCAGAAAAUCACAUCUUGGAAGAUGUUAACAAAUGUGUGAUAGCACUCCAAGAGGGAGACGUGGACACCCUGGAUCGGACUGCAGGGGCCAUCAGGGGCCGAGCAGCCCGAGUAAUCCACAUCAUCAAUGCUGAGAUGGAGAACUACGAAGCCGGAGUUUAUACUGAGAAAGUGCUGGAAGCUACAAAAUUGCUCUCUGAGACAGUGAUGCCACGCUUUGCUGAACAAGUUGAGGUUGCCAUUGAAGCUCUGAGUGCCAACGUCCCACAACCAUUUGAGGAGAAUGAAUUCAUUGAUGCCUCUCGCCUGGUGUAUGAUGGUGUUCGGGACAUCAGAAAGGCUGUGCUGAUGAUCAGGACACCAGAAGAACUAGAAGAUGAUUCUGACUUUGAGCAAGAAGACUAUGAUGUGCGUAGUCGGACCAGUGUGCAGACUGAGGAUGACCAGCUGAUCGCAGGGCAGAGCGCCAGGGCCAUCAUGGCACAGCUACCACAGGAGGAGAAGGCAAAAAUAGCUGAGCAGGUGGAGAUUUUCCACCAAGAGAAGAGCAAGCUGGAUGCUGAAGUCGCCAAAUGGGAUGAUAGUGGCAAUGACAUCAUUGUGCUGGCCAAGCAGAUGUGCAUGAUAAUGAUGGAGAUGACGGACUUUACCAGAGGCAAAGGCCCGUUGAAAAACACAUCUGAUGUCAUUAAUGCUGCCAAGAAAAUUGCUGAAGCAGGUUCUCGAAUGGACAAAUUAGCCCGUGCUGUGGCUGAUCAGUGUCCUGAUUCAGCCUGUAAGCAGGAUUUAUUAGCCUACCUUCAACGAAUUGCCUUGUAUUGUCACCAGCUCAAUAUCUGCAGCAAGGUGAAGGCAGAAGUACAGAAUCUGGGAGGAGAACUCAUUGUGUCAGGGACAGGAGUUCAGAGCACUUUCACUACCUUUUAUGAGGUAGAUUGUGAUGUCAUAGAUGGGGGCAGGGCUAGUCAACUUUCUACCCACCUCCCAACCUGUGCUGAGGGAGCUCCAAUCGGGAGUGGAAGCAGUGAUUCCUCCAUGCUGGACAGUGCCACAUCCCUCAUCCAGGCAGCUAAAAAUCUCAUGAAUGCCGUGGUCCUCACAGUGAAAGCAUCCUAUGUGGCUUCAACCAAAUAUCAGAAGGUCUAUGGGACAGCUGCUGUCAACUCACCGGUUGUGUCUUGGAAGAUGAAGGCUCCAGAGAAGAAGCCCCUUGUGAAGAGAGAAAAACCUGAAGAAUUCCAGACGCGAGUUAGGAGGGGCUCUCAAAAGAAACACAUUUCACCCGUACAGGCUUUAAGUGAAUUCAAAGCAAUGGAUUCCUUCUAGGAAGAUAGGCUUUAACAAGAAAGCAGUUUGGUUAUUUUCUCCUCUUUCAUUUUCUAUUUGAUUCCAUUUUUGUAUGCGUACUUGCCAACUCAUAUGCCUCUGGCAUGGGGAAAUUAAGGAAACUGUCUGAUUGCAUGUAAGACAAGAUGUGAUCAAUACUGCUGAUCCAUCUGUAGCCCAGGCGGGGCCAGGAGACGUCUGUCCUGAAGUGGCACUAAACUGUCCUUUUCGAUAUUCUCAUAAAAUUGGGCACAACGAGUUUGCAUCACAAUGUUUAUGGGGGUGGGGGAUGGGGGAAAUAAACUUAACUCUUCAAAAGCAAACUGUAAAUGCAUGCAAGACUCAUUAGGUUGGCAGGUAUAUUAAUAAGUGAAAAAUCUGGAAGUGUAAUGGUAGAACAUAAAGCUUGUAUUGCUUCUGUAUCAGUGCAAAAAAAUGUACAAGCCAAUAUGCUUAAGUGUGUGGCCCACAAAUGGAACAAUUUAACUUUGAAGUUAUAUCCUUAAUAUUAUGUGACUUUUCUAAAAGGGGAAAUUAAUGAAUACAACCUACUAUGCUUCUUUUAAUCUGCAUUUUGUUCUUUCUCUUGUAGUAGUAAUACCAUUACUAGUGUUCACGUUACUAAUUUUUUUCUGAAAUAAUAAAUCAGCAUUUAUUUUCCACAACUAAAAUCCUUCCAGUUGCACUGGAAGUAUGCUUUCAUUUUAUAUAUUUUUGAGUUGAAAUGUGAUUUCUCUAGAUAGGAGGCCUGGUUGUGGAAAGUUAGAUCAAUUAAAAUUGAUAAUGUGUGAAAGUU